AUGCUAAAAAGUUGGUUACGUAUUGCUGGCUCGAAAAUGGGACCAAUAUUUUUGCGUAUUUUAUUAAUAACAAUUGUUUCUAUUUAUGCUAUUUUUGGAGCACUCAUUUUAUCAUAUUUGGAAACUAAAGAACAGGUAGAUCACCUGUCAAAUGUUCCAUUACACAACGAUAUCACUCAAAUUUCCACUCAUUCACUAAUAAUCUCACCUAUUUAUAUGAAUCAUUGGAAUAGUACACGUCAAUGUAUAACUGAUAUUAUCAAGAAUUUGUUGAGAAAAAGCAAUUGUUCUAAUAUUAUAUUCGAUCGUUUGUCAGUUCGCUAUUUCAAACAUUGCUAUUAUUACAAUUUACUUUCACUUUCAAAUGUAACAAAUAAUGAACAAAGGGAUGAUUACAAUAAUUACUUAUCAACAUAUAAUCAAUCAUCAAAUUAUCAAGAUUCGGGAAUGAACAAAGAUUCAUCAGUUAAUGAAUGGCUAUUUUUUGAUUCGUUAUUGUUUGCAUUUGCACUUAUUACAACAAUUGGUUAUGGCAAUAUUACGCCGAAAACAUUCGCAGGACAAAUGUUUUGUAUUUUUUUUGCUGCAUUUGGUGUACCAUUAACACUACUUAUUAUUGCUGAUCUUGGCAAAUUUAUUUCUCGAAUUAUUUUUGCUUGCAAUGAUCGUUUCAAUAAUGAAAUAAAACGAUUGCUGCGAAAACGUUUUAAGAUGAUAAUAUGUAAUCAUAAAUCAAGUAAAUUUAUAAGUAAUAAUUCUAAAGGUAAAUUACUGUGUGAAAAAAAUGAUAAUGAAAUAAAUGGACAAAAAAAUAACGAUGAUAAACAGAUUAAUGGAACAGAUGCAAAAUCAGAAAUGACUGAUGAUAAUGAACAAUCAAAUCGAACAUUAGCACUUUUUGUACUAUUUUUCAUUUAUGUUAUUACUGGUUCAUUGUUACUCAGUAGCUAUGAACCUGAAAUGCCAUUUUUCACUGCUAUAUAUUUCAAUUUUAUAACAUUAACAUCUAUUGGACUUGGUGAUAUUGUACCACAAAGACGAACUUAUAUGGCAAUAACAAUUUUAUACAUAACUGUUGGUUUAGCACUUACAACAAUUGCUAUUGAAAUUGCUGCUGACACAUUAAAGAAAUUGCAUUAUUUUAGACGUCAAAUUAAAAAUGUUGGCAAUAUUGAAAUUUGGUUUGGUGGCAAAAGAUUAACUGUUCGUCAGAUAAUUCGUAAUUUAUGUGAUCAAUUUAACAUUCCUGAUACAGCAAUAUCCGGUUUCAAUAUUGGUCAUUUUGUUGAGGAAGCGAUCAAGGUUGAAGCUGGUGAACGACCUCCAUUACGAACUACAACUCCACGACAAGAAGUUAAUUCGCAUGAUGAAAAUGAAUUUCUCACAAAAGCUUGUGCAUCAUGUGAGAAUGAAUCUGAACAUGAUGUAUCGGAACAUGAACCAGAACCGGAACAUAUGUCAGAAUCUAAGUUUGUAUUGGAGGAAGAAUUGAAACCGGUAUCUGAAGCAAAAUCGGGAUAUGAAUUAGAAGUAGAACUACCAGAACCUGAACCAGUCAAGCUGUUACCAGAAAAAGAAAUUUCUCAAUGUGAGCCAAUAUCAGUAACUCCUGAAAUAGAAUCAAUAUCUGAACCUGAAUUGUAUCUAUUGGAGUUAUCGAAAGAAGUAGAAAUUCCAUAUAUACCUGAAAUACCAGUGCUUACUGUACUUGAACUAACAUCGCCGCCGGAAUCAGUGUCAGAAUCAGUUGAGGUUACGGAUGUAACACAGGAGCUGAAAUCAGAACAAGACACAUCGGUUGAAUCGGAAGAGAAGAGUGUUAAGGAUCCAAGAUUGGAUGCUUUACGGCGGAAAGGUUACAGUGAGGAAGCCUGGAAACGCUAUCAAGAAUAUCAGAGUGAAUGGAAUAAGUUCCGACGUCUUUCACGUACUCUUUCACGCAAAGAUCAUCGGAAAGGCGCAAAAAAAUGA